AAGGGAGGCCUGGCGCGGAACGCGGGGCGCGGGGCGGGGCGCCGAGGGGGGCGCCAGGAGCUGCGCGGGCGCGGGGAGGGAGUCCGCGGCCCAGUUCCGGGCGCCUCGGAGCGGGCUCACCAGGCUUUUUCGCCUCGGUUUCCGAUCGAAAGCAGCAUGGAUCUGCCUGUGGAUGAGUGGAAAUCAUACCUGCUUCAAAAGUGGGCUUCACUCCCAAAGUCCAUUCAGCUCACAAUUUCUACAGCAGAGACCUUGAGCGAUAUCUUUCUUCAUUCCUCUUCACUUCUUCAACCUGAGGAUGAACUGUUUCUAAAAAGACUUUCUAAAGGUUACUUGGUGGGAAAGGACUCGGACGCUCCCCUUUUCUACAGAGAACAAGGAAACAAAAAAUUUCAGGAGAAAGAUUACACAGGAGCUGCAGUGCUGUAUUCUAAGGGAGUGUCACAUUCAAGGCCUAACACUGAGGACAUGUCGCUGUGCUAUGCUAACCGCUCGGCAGCCCUUUUCCACCUGGGUCAGUACGAGACGUGCCUUAAAGACAUUAGCAGAGCACAGAUGCAUGGCUAUCCAGAAAGACUGCAGCCCAAGAUCAUGUUACGUAAAGCAGAAUGUCUGGUGGCCCUGGGGAGACUACAGGAGGCAAGCCAGACCGUCGGUGAUCUUGAACGGAACUUCACGGCCACACCAACCCUAGCAGAUGUCCCCCCUCAGACUCUGCAGAGAAACCUCCAUCAUCUGAAAAUGAAGCUACAGGAAAAGGAGAGUCCCACAGAAACCCUCCCAGCAACUCUGGCCAAAACCCUUGAGGAUGUGGCGCUCAAGGGAGAGAAUGAACGACUUUCCAACGCCUCAUCAUCCGUCGGCUUGUGCAUAGAUCCUUUAAAAGGUCGCUAUCUCGUUGCCACGAAAGAGAUUCUCCCAGGAGAGCUCCUGGUGAGGGAGGAUGCUUUUGUGAGUAUUCUCAACCCCGGAGAACUGCCACCACCGCAUCACGGCCUAGACAGCCAACGGGACACCAGAGUCACCAAUGGGGACCUCUAUUGUCACCGAUGUUUGAAGCACACUUUGGCCACAGUUCCGUGUGACGGAUGCAGUUAUGCCAAGUAUUGCAGCCAGGAGUGUUUGCAGCAGGCCUGGGAGCUCUACCACAAGACAGAAUGUCCUCUGGGGGGGCUGCUUCUCACACUGGGUGUCUUUUGCCACAUUGCCCUGAGGUUGACGCUUGUGGUGGGAGUUGAGGAUGUUCGCAAAAUCGUAAAGAAGCUUUGUGUUAAGAUUAGUAACAAGGACAUCUGUUUACCAGAAAGCGACAAUCAGGUCAAGACACUUAAUUAUGGCCAAGGAAAGAGUGAGAAAAAUGGCAAUAUGGUUGAGACCCCGAUUCCUGGAUGUGAUGCUAAUGGGAAGUAUGACAGUAAUUAUAAUGCUGUUUUCAACCUUUUGCCCCAUACUGAAAACCAUAGCCCAGAGCACAAAUUCCUCUGUGCUCUCUGUGUUUCUGUACUGUGCAGGCAGCUAGAAGCAGCCGGUUUACAGGCCAUCCCAACAGAUGUGGACUCCUCUCAGCUCACAGCAGCAGUGACACCUGAGUCGUGCCCCGACGUGACUAUUUGGGGAGUGGCAAUGCUGAGACACAUGUUACAGCUGCAGUGUAAUGCUCAGGCGAUAACCACCGUACAACACACAGGAUCUAAAGGGAGCAUCGUUACCGACAGCAGGCAGGUGCGCCUUGCCACAGGCAUCUUCCCUGUUAUCAGCCUCCUGAACCACUCCUGCAGCCCCAACACCAGUGUGUCCUUCAUUAGCACUGUCGCCACCAUCCGGGCAUCACAGCGGAUUGGAAAGGGGCAAGAGAUUCUCCACUGCUAUGGGCCUCACAAGAGCCGGAUGGGGGUUGCCGAAAGGCAGCAGAAGCUGAGGUCUCAGUAUUUCUUUGACUGCACCUGUCCAGCUUGUCAGACUGAGGCACACAGGAUGGCUGCAGGGCCCAGGUGGAAAGCAUUCUGUUGCAACAGUUGCAGAGCGCCCAUGCAGGGAGAUGGCAUGCUGCGCUGUGGCAACAGAUCUUGUGCAGAAUCCGUCGUCAGCAGAGACCACCUAGUCUCUCGGUUACAGGACCUUCAGCAGCAGGUCGGAGUGGCCCAGAAGCUUCUCAGAGAUGGUGAACUAGAGCGAGCCGUUCAGCUGCUGUCGGGGUGCCAGCGUGAUGCCGAGAGCUUCCUGUGGGCAGAACACGCCAUGGUGGGAGAGAUCGCGGAUGGUCUGGCCCGGGCCUGUGCUGCCUUAGGGGACUGGCAAAAGUCAGCCACCCACCUACAGAAGAGUCUCCGCGUGGUGGAGGUUCGCCACGGGCCGUCCAGCGUCGAAAUGGGCCAUGAGCUCUUCAAACUGGCCCAGGUCUUUUUCAAUGGGUUUGCAGUACCCGAAGCCCUGAGCACAAUACAGAAGGCUGAGGAGGUUCUGUCGCUGCACUGUGGCCCAUGGGACGAUGAAAUCCAGGAGCUCCAGAAGAUGAAAUCCUGUUUAUUGGACUUACCACCCACCCUUGUAAGGUCUUCAGUUUAGGGUCCCAAGGGGAUUUGGACCCAUAGAAAAGGAGCCCGUGGAACACAAGGUAAAGAGGUUAUGGCCGGGCGCGGUGGCUCAGGCCUGUCAUCCCAGCACUUUGGGAGGCUGAGACGGGCGGAUCACGAGGUCAGGAGAUCGAGACCAUCCUGGCUAACACGGUGAAACCCUGUCUCUACUGAAAAUACAAAAAAUUAGCCGGGCGCCUGUAGUCCCAGCUACUCGGGAGGCUGAGGCAGGAGAAUGGCAUGAACCUGGGAGGCGGAGCUUGCAGCGAGCAGAGAUCGUGCCACUGCACUCCAGCCUGGGUGACAGAGCGAGACUCCGUCUAAAAAAAAAAAAUAAAGAGGUUUUGUUUGCCAGCCGGGCACAGCAGCUCACGACUGCAAUCCCAACACUUUGGGAGGCUGAGGGGGGCAGAUCACAAGGUCAGGAGUUCAAGACCAGACUGGCCAACAUGAUGAAACCCCGUCUUUACUAAAAAUACAAAAACUAGCUGGGCAUGGUGGCGGGCGCCUGUAGUCCCAGCUACUCGGGAGGCUGAGGCAGGAGAAUGGCGUGAACCCGGGAGGCGGAGGUUGCGGUGAGCCGAGAUCGUGCCACUGCACUCCAACGCGGAUGACAGUGUGAGACUCCAUCUCAAAAAAAAAAUAAGAGGUUCUGCUGCUGGGUGUGGGUUCUGCGGACCAGG